GCUCCAACAACUUUGGCGCCUCCUCGUGACUUCUGGCUGUUACGCUAUACUACUGUUACGGAUGAUGGGAGCUUUGUGGUUUGUGAAAGGUCAUUGGGAAAUACUCAAAAUGGUCCAAGUAUGCCGCAAGUUCAGAAUUUUGUGAGAGCGGAAAUGCUGCCUAGCGGAUACCUUAUUAGGCCUUGUGAGGGAGGUGGCUCUAUUGUCCAUAUUGUAGAUCAUAUGAAUUUAGAGGCAUGGAGUGUGCCAGAAGUGUUGCGUCCACUGUAUGAGUCAUCUGCAGUGCUUGCUCAGAAGACAACAAUGGCAGCACUACGCCAACUGAGGCAGUUAACUUUGGAAGUUUCACAGCCUAAUGUCACUAAUUGGGGCAGGAGACCAGCAGCUCUACGGGCAUUAAGCAAGAGGCUGAACAGAGGGUUCAAUGAGGCUCUCAAUGGUUUCUCCAGUGAAGGCUGGUCUAUGCUGGAUAAUGAUGGAAUGGAUGAUGUCACCAUCCUUGUUAACUCAUCCCCCGACAAAUUGAUGGGUUUAAACCUUUCUUUUUCUGAUGGAUUUACAUCUCUAAGCAAUGCAAUUUUGUGUGCAAAAGCAUCUAUGCUUCUACAGAGUGUGACUCCUGCGAUACUUCUCAGGUUUUUGCGUGAGCAUCGAUCAGAAUGGGUAGACAACAAUAUUGAUGCUUACUCGGCUGCAGCUGUUAAAGUUGGUCCUUGCAGCCUACCUGGGGUUCGAGUCUCUAACUUUGGGGGUCAAGUGAUACUUCCACUGGCACAUACUGUUGAACAUGAAGAGUUGCUGGAGGUCAUUAAGUUGGAAGGAGUUUGCCAUUCCCCGGAAGAUGUUAUAAUGCCAAGAGAUAUGUUUCUAUUGCAAUUGUGCAGUGGAAUGGAUGAAAAUGCUGUUGGUACCUGUGCUGAACUCAUUUUUGCUCCAAUUGAUGCCUCGUUUGCUGAUGAUGCACCACUCCUUCCUUCUGGGUUUCGCAUUAUUCCUUUAGACUCUGCUAAGGAAGCCUCCAGUCCAAAUCGCACCCUUGAUCUUACUUCUGCUCUUGAAACUGGGCCUGUAGGAAGUAAGGUGGCUAAUGACCUCAAGUCAACUGGUGGCACAUCAAAAUCUAUUAUGACAAUUGCUUUUCAGUUUGCAUUUGAAAGCCACAUGCAAGAGAAUGUUGCAUCAAUGGCUAGAAAGUAUGUACGAAGCUUCAUUUCAUCUGUUCAAAGGGUUGCAUUGGCACUUUCUCCAUCCAACUUCGGUUCUGUGGGAGGCCUUCGUCUGCCGCUGGGGACUCCUGAAGCUCAUACACUAGCUCGGUGGAUCUGCCAAAGUUACAGGCGUUUUUUGGGUGUGGAGCUUCCGAAAAUGAGUAGUGAAGGAAGUGAAUCUAUCCUUGAUAGCCUAUGGCAUCACUCAGAUGCUAUUAUCUGCUGCUCUGCAAAGGCUAUGCCAAUUUUCACAUUUGCAAACCAGGGUGGUCUUGACAUGCUCGAGACAACCUUGGUUGCACUUCAAGAUAUCUCUUUGGAGAAAAUAUUUGACGAACAUGGAAGGAAAAAUCUCUGCUCUGAGUUCCCACAGAUAAUGCAACAGGGUUUUGCAUGUCUCCAAGGCGGAAUCUGUUUAUCGAGCAUGGGUAGGCCUGUUUCUUACGAGAAAGCCGUAGCUUGGAAGGUUCUGAAUGAAGAAGAUACUGCUCAUUGUAUCAGCUUUAUGUUUGUGAAUUGGUCGUUUGUUUAAAUUUGUUAU